CCGCGCUCCGUGCAGCGACCGCCGACCGGUCCUAAAUUACCGUGCAAACUUUCAAAGUUGGCACUGCCGAAAAAAAACUUUAUUGUCCGCGUUUCGCGCCGUCGUUUCUGUUUUUUUUUUGUGUUGUUGUUUUUUCUCUCUAUUUUUCGUGUAUUUCUCUCUCGGCUCCCCGCGCCCCCGUUCCAGUCCUACCCCUCCCACGGCCCGAGACUACCCGGCCCGCGAGCGCGCGCGCGCGCACACACAAUAUUUUUGGUAAUAUACGCGACGAACGAACCGAAGUGCCGAACACCACACCGGAGUGCCGAUGCGAUGGUAUGUUUGAAUUUCGUUACGCCGCGUUUCAGUGUGAAAAUUUCUCUUUGUCCCACAGCGCUGCUUUCGCCGGUGCUGCUGCCACCGCUGAAAACGGGACCGCCGGACGUCCAAUAGGUACCCACUACCCAUCAUAUCGGCCGGCUAUAACUCAUCCGACGCUUUUGUCGCCGACACGACCGUGCGGCGCUCCAUAGUUCGACUCGUUCUGCGCGUCCGGUCCGUCGCGAAAUCUGUAACGACGUCGUGGAUCGUUAACGACAUAAUAUUGUUUUAUUAUCAUCACAAACUUCCUCUGCACCGUAGCAACGCCAAUAGUAAUUAUUCAGUCCGGAGACGACCUCUUAUCGUGUUUAGCUAUUCAAGUAUUUUUCAAACGUACCGAAUUUUUUAAUUUUUAAUUUUUUUCUUUUUUAUCUGUAAAUUUUCCCCAUACGUUUCUCUAUCUAUUUCGUUCGGAUUUUCUGCCGACAAGUUUUUCGCGAUCUCAUGUGUCUGUGCGAUCGGCGCUUUUUGUAGUGCGUGUGGUGCUGCCGCCGCAGCGCGUUUACUUUACACAGCCGUCCGGGCCUAUCGGUCGUGUGCUUGCGAGUGCGUGUGUACGUGCGUGUGUGUGUGUGUGUGUGUGCGUGCGUGCGUGUGUAUAUGUUGUGCACACGCGAACGCGCACAACAGGUCGUCUUCGCGUCGGCUGCUCGUCGCCGUUGUUGUCGUCGCAUUUUGUAACGCAGACAUUUUCGUCAGGCAAGAGAACAGCAAUUCACCGUCCACGUUUUAGCCGGUCAGCAGCAUCUUUGCGUCCGGACUAUAAUAUAUAUUGUUAUUGUCGUAGUAAUAAUAUUACUAUCAUUAUAACCACCGCCGAACGCGCAUCACGUCCCGUCACGCCAUGGACCACCAACAGCAGCAGCAGCAACAGUUCUGCUUGCGGUGGAACAACCAUCAGAACACGUUGAUUUCGGUGUUCGAUAGCCUGUUGGAGAGCGGAUCGCUGGUGGACUGCGCCCUGGCCGCCGAGGGACAGUGCAUGAACGCGCACAAAGUCGUCCUGUCCGCCUGCAGCCCUUAUUUCGCGAUGCUGUUAAAUCAACAUUUCGACAAAUAUCCGGUGCUUAUACUUAAAGAUGUAACAUAUCAAGAAUUGCGGUCUAUGAUGGACUAUAUGUACCGCGGUGAAGUAAAUAUUACCCAAGAACAACUCGGAUCAUUCCUGAAAGCUGCAGAAUCGUUGCAAAUUAAAGGACUGACUGAAAGUAGUGGCCGAUCUGAUCGAAAACUAGAUACUCGAAAAAAUGCAACAAGAAAUAUUUCACCUGGCUUGCCAAAAAAGUCUGUUACACCUAAAGUUGCUGAUGGUGCUUUUGAUCCAUCUAUGACUGCCCCACCACUGCCACCACCAACACCUAUUGUACCUACUAUACCAAAUACAAAACGACGUAAAUUAGUACAACCAGUAAAGAACUUUAGUAGCCUUGUUGUUUCACCAGUUAAUCCAAGUCGUACUAAUGCCAAUAGUUUAGAUGUUAACAAUACACCAAAUCCCACUGCACCCAGUUUAGCUGGUGAAGGCAAGGCAAACAUACCAUCUCCUCCAGUUAUUCCUAAACCUGUGGUGGAAUCAGCAAAUGUUCAAGCUGAUGAGGAAAAUUCUGAGAAAAAGCCCGAAGUAAAUGGUUUAGUAAUUGGAGAUAAAGAAGAUAAGUACUGGCCUUCUAGUGGCUCAAUAAGUGAUAUUAAACUUGAGAAAACUGAUACAGAAGAAGAAGCUAGUGAAAGUGAAAAUAAUGUCCAUAGUGAAAUGUGUACAACAAGCACAACUGUUAAAGUAGACUUAUCAUCCUCACAAAUCAGCAUGACAAAUUUUCGGCCCGAAGAAGGUAUGGAACUUACUGAGUAUGGAGGCAUGAACAUACCACAAAACAUGCAGGAUCAAGGUUCUUUAUGGUGGAAAAACUUUGAACAAAACUCCAAAUAUGUGCGUACAACCCAAGCAAAUCCAUUCAGUUGUCAGCAUUGUGGUAAGAGAUAUCGAUGGAAGAGUACAUUAAAACGUCAUGAAGUGUUUGAAUGUGGAGGAAAAGAACCAGUUCAUCGUUGUCCUCAUUGCGAAUAUCGCGCCAAACAGAGUGGUAAUCUUAGGGUGCACAUACGCAAGUAUCAUACUGCGUUAGAGUAAGUUCCUAGAUGCGUCACAACAUCCAAUAUAAAAGUUUUGAGUAGUUGAGGCUCUCUAAACUUUUUUUUAUUUUUAAUUUUUUUUUAUUAUUAUUAUUAAACAAACCUUCAUAUUUGCUCAUUGUUGUGAUUUCAUGGAAACUUCAUUGAUCAGGGUUCAGUAUUAGCUUCCAAUUUAUUGAAUGAAAUAAAACAAUUAUUUUCCUAACUCGUUUGAACAAAUAAUUUUAAGGCUCAAUAUCAAUUCGAGUUGAUUCUAUUGAUUUUAUUAUAUUUACAGUUAUUAAUUUUAUCCAGUGUGUAUUGUAUAAUGUCCAAGAACAUUUUAAAGCACUAUGACUUAAUAUUGUUUCCUAAGCAUUGGAAUUUUAUAUGAAUAAUGUUGUCCUCAUUAUGACCAGAUGUUUUUGAAACUGAGUUUUUAUGUAAAAUGUUAUAUGCAUGUGUCUUAUGUUAAGUUGUAUUUUUUUUCUUAUGUAAUUGUAGGACAGUGUGCGUAUUAUUUUAUAUAAUAUUAAUAUUAUGUAUGCAGUAUUUAAGGAUUAACCGCUACACUUGUUCCUAAAAUAUAUAUUAAACUAAAUGAUAAAUGUUAAUCAUUUAAACUUACAUAUAAGUUUAUUCUCUAGUAUUAAUUAUUUUUAUAAGAUUUAGUACUUAAGCGAAUUUAUUAUUAUUAUAUAAUUACGAAUUUCAAAGCUCAUGAAUUGUUUAACGCUAUGUGAUAAAAUAUUUUUUUCUUUUUGUAUCAAUGUUUUAUUAUAUAUUUUUUACGGAUAUACCUCACUGUGAGCUUCCAAAGUGCCUUAUGAACAUGUGAUUAUUGAAUUUUUACUUAAACUACAGCAUUCAAAUUAUACUCUCGUUUUUAAAAAUGUAUGUACAACUAGUGUCUUCCAAAUGUUUGUUGUAUUUUCAGGUGUACAUGUUUUAUUUUUUGUAAAAUUUUUUUUACAUGUGCUUUGUUAUAUGUUAGGUUUGUAUUUUUAUAUGAUGGUUAAAAUUAGUUGUCAGUUAACUACCAUAUUUUGUAAUAUGUCGGAACGAAAUAUUGUUAAACGAAUUCCACACUGUUGGGAAAAUGAUAAAAAUAGUACAAUAAGAGUGUAGGUGAUUCAUGUUUUAUGAAUUUGCUCACGAAAUCAAGUCUUAGGAUUUUGAAUAUUACAUAUCGACUGUUUAAUCGCUACGGGUCUUCAUCUUAUGCACCACUAGAUUUACUUAAAAAAAAUCACUAUUUUUCCAUGACAAUAAUUUUAUGUUAUAUAUAUGUAUAUAUAUAAUAUAUGUAUUUAAAUAUAUACUUCAUCUGACUGAUUUAGAUCGAUCUGACCAUGUACAAUGUUUAUUAUUGUAUUUUUGUGUUAAUAAUGGGCAUUUUCCUUGAUUUAUAUUAUUUACAAACUACCAACAAAAUUUCGUUUUAUUAUUUUGUAUACGUCUAUAUUAUGAAUUUUUUUGUAACGGUAAACAGGUUAGAAAUAUGGUAAGUGCCCUAUUUUUUUUUUUAUACAUUUUAUAUGAUUUAUACUUAAGACUAAUUUUGUUAACUAUUAAUUUUUGUAUUAUUAAGUAUUGUGUUGGAUUUAUAAUAUUAUUCGCUUUUUUAUGAAUCUAUUAUCAUUCUUUUUUUUUUUUAGGUACCUACUUAUUUGAUUUUUCUAUAAAAUAAACUUGUAAAAAUACCUAUGAAA